CCCUGCUACAUACUAUUUACUUGAUCAGAUCAUUGUCACAUAGCUAGCAAGUAGCAUGUCACUCGUGAACAUAAUAAACAUAAUGAACAACCCUCACAACUCUGCUUUCCAUUUUAACAUCCAAGGAAUCGAGUUGCAAUAGGCCUCCAAGGAAAACGAUCAAUUAUUCAACCAAAGGAGAGAUGCUCCAAGUCCAAGCAACGAACCCUUGUGACAUUUUACAUGCAUUUGAAUUCUUGAAAGUAUUGUAGACAUAUCUAUUAAUAUCUAAGAAUAUGUAUAAUGAUUUUAUUUUAAUUUUUAACCCUAAUUAAUACCUUUGAACUGGCUCAUCGUCUGAAAUAUGAAAACGAAAUUUUGUGGCUAGGAUAACUCGAUCUAAAUACAAAUUGCUUAAUGUUACUAACCAAAAGAUUUCCAUUUUGAGACUUCGAUAUUGAAAAAGUUUUUGUUAUUGCCAAAAUUUGGUAUGGAGUCACAGACUCACAACCAUAUAGGUGGGGUUGUUUGCUUGAUGAAUUUGGAGCUAUCGUGAACUUUGUCCAACCAUUGCUUGCUUCAUGUAUUUAGAGGCAACAAAUAUGUGGGUCUCAUGUAUUUUAAGGUUCCAAAUUUGUGGGCUCCACAGACUUGAAAAUUUCACCUCUUUAGAUGGAAAUUCAUCAUGGAAUUUGCAGUCUAUUAUUUAUGACCAACCUACCCCUCAUAUUUCAUUUCCCUUCUCAUACCAAUGAGGGUAAUAUAUGUCAUUUUCACUUCCAACAUACAAAUUCAAUUAACCAAAUGUAUCAUGAAAUCUAUGAAAUGAAAUAUGGUAUUUUCAAAUACAUAAUGAACCAAAAACCUUCAUAUAUCCAUGCUUUUACAAAAUCCAAGUUUUAUUAAAACCUUCAGUUUUCAAAUCCACGAAGCAAACUACCCCAAUGUUUUCUUACAAUUGUCUUACUAAACUCAUCCUUAUUAAAGAUUCUUUAUUUUAACACAAUACCUCAAUUCAGAUUCUUGUAGCUACAAAAAAAUUUUAUUUAGAUAUCUCAACUAACACACUUAUGUUUAUUUAUUGCCUCUAUCCUCGAAUUUAGAUUUGUCUAUCAAGACAUCAACUAUUAAAUAAAUUUUUUCAACCCUUAUUUGAUCAAUGCUAAGGUUAGUGGUUGAUGAAACGUGAUGUUUAUCGUAACGAAGAUUUUUUUAACCUUCACACAUGUUGUUUUUUAAGUGAUGUUGUGUCUCAUCUUAGGUAUGAAGUCAAAACUCGUCAAAAAUCAUACUUAAGUCAUUUUGAAAACUUUGAUGUAAUAAUGUUCGACAAUAACUUCAAAUAAAAAAAAUUACUUAACAUUCGACUUGUGACCUCAAUAGAGAUUGUUCAAUUACUAUGAUCUAGAGUGAAUAUUUUUAUAUGAACCCUAGGACAAAUUAUAAAGUAUUGCACACCUGAUUCCUCUUAAUUUGAGAAACUGAAGGUAGAACAUGAAUAUAUGUUUUUCACUUAAUCAUGAUGAAUAAGAAGUUUUUUAAGGAAAGAACUAUUAUUGCUUAGUGAAAUUUAUAUUCAGAACUUUUACUAUAUAAGACUUGUUUUAUUUGAUAGAAAUAUAUAUUAGAAAUAAUUCGACCAAAAAAAUACAUUAGAAAUAAGAGAGUUGUUAAUACUUUCAAUUGAUAUAGUCACUCUCUAUUUCCAUCUUUAUAAUUUUUUUAAUUGACAAAAAUAUUAUACUUUUGUGUGUUUGUUUACAUUCUCAAAAAAAUCUAAUUUAUUAUUAUUUUUUUAGUAAAAAUGAGUAGAAAUAUUAAAAGAAGAGAGAUAUAGCUCCAUAAAUAGAUCAAUAAUGAAUUUUCUAUUUGCAAAAAAAGUUGUCCACCUUGGCAACUUGUGAAUUCUCCAAGUGCUUAUGUGGCAAGAAGUUACUUUUGAAUUGCCAUAAUAUUUUUUUAGUAAAAAUGAGUAGAAAUAUUAAAAGAAGAGAGAGAUAGCUCCAUAAAUAGAUCAAUAAUGAAUUUUUUGUUAAUUAAAAGAAGAGAGAGAUAAAAAUGAUCGAUUAGCUAACUUCGAUAGGUCGUAGUAUAUAAGAUACGACAACAUACACCUAAAUCUUCAUCCACCAAAAAGAGAAGUAUAUUAAUUAAUUGUCGAAGAAACUUGGGUCGUCGAUGCUACUUCAAUUCAGUACCUUGUUGCUCGAACAGUCCGCCGGUCGGCCUCCUGCUAUCUCUUUAUUUCUCCGGCUGCAUUGAUCAUGUAUAUCUAUUUCCUUUCUCCUUUCUUAUAAUAUAUAAUAACUACCUCUCUCGAUCACUCUCCUAUGACUUCCCAGAAAUAAUGUACAUGUAUGUUCCGUUUGACAUGCAAAUGGGCGAGUGAGGGGAUUUCAGUUACGAUCGAUUAGCUAACUUCGAUAGGUCGUAGUAUCUAUACAUAAUAUUAUGGCAAUUCAAAAUUAAAUUUUUGUCACAUAAGCACUUGGAGAGAUCUCAAGUUGCCAAGGUGGAACAAUUUUUUACCAAAAAAAUAGUUAUUGACCUAUUUAUGGAGUUUCCCCUCUCUCUUCAUUUAAUAUUUAAUUCUCUUUUAUCCAAUAAAUAGUUUGCUUUUAUUUUUGCAUUAUAUCUACAAAUAAUAUAUGGAGAGAAAUGUUAACAAACCGCUUUAGCAAGUGGAAUGGUUUUACCAGUGGUACAACCGGUUUGUUUAUGUUCAUGCUGGUUAAUAAAAUAUGUAGAAAUAUAAAAAAUCAUUAAUAUCAAAUGAAUUUAAUCAUAUAUAAACCAUAUUUGAAGACAAUUUACGUAAAAUUCAUAUUGAUAUUUGAUUAAAAUAUGAUAUUUUUGAAUAAAAUUACAUGUACUCAUACUUAAAUUCACUAAAAUUAUGUAUUUUACUUAGAAAUUCGUAAAAUGAUCAUACCGGUCAUACCGAUGGUAUCAUGUCUAUUUCAUGACCGAUACCAGUUGAAUGGUUCAACUGGUGGCAUGCCGACCGACAUGCAAAUCAUGAUGGAGAGUGACAUAUAUCACAUUUUAUUUUUGCAUUAUAUCGAUGUACGCAACAGUAUAAUAAUGUUAGUAGAGUGACAUAUAUAUCGCACUUUUUAAACCAAAAAAUAUAUGAUUAAAGAUACUAUGUAAAUUUCUGCUCAUUUUUACCGAAACUUCAUAAUAAUUUACAUUUUAAUGAAUAAUUUAAACAAACACACAAAAAAAUAAUAUUUUGUCGAUAAGGGCUGGAGAAACUUGACCAAGAAAUAAUAGUUAUUUAUUAAAAAAGCUUCUUAUUCAUUCUCAUCAAGUGAAAACAUAUGAAUCGCAUGUGCAGUAUUUAUAAUGUCCUAAGUUCACAUUAUUAAUAUUUUCUCUAGGUCAUGUUGAUUGAGCAAGCUCUAUUGAGGUCUUACAUCAUAUAUAUGCAAAGAAAUUUUCUUUUGAGACUUGGAGUUAUUUAUUGUUAAAGAUUAUAAAUUGAAGUUUCCAAAAUGACUUGAGUAUAAUAGUUGAUGAACUUUGACUUCAUAUUCUAGGAUGAGACACGAGAUUCCUUGAAAAAUGAAAUGUGUGAAAUUUAGAGAAAUCUUUGUUAAGGAUGUAUGUUAAACAUCACAUUUCAUGCUAAGAAAUAUCUAAAUUCAACGACUGAGGUAAUAAAUAAACAUUAAUGUUUUACUUCACAUAUAUAAAAAAAAUAUUUAUAGUUACAAUAGUGUAAACCAAGCUAUUGGGUCAAAAGAAGAAUAUUUAAUAAAUAUGAGUUUAGUAAGAAAAUUAUAACAAGUCUAUAUAGUUGUGAGCCUGUGUUUCAUACCAAAUUUUGGCAAUAACAAAAAAAAUUGAUAUCAUAUUCCAUCCAAGGAGCUGAGUUCAAAGAUAUUAAUUAGUGUUGAAAGUAAAAUAAACUCUUUGUAUAUAUAUGUUUAAAUAUUAACAAUAGAUGUGUCUACAAUACAUCCAAUAAUUUCAAUACACGUGAAAAGCCACAAUGUUUGUAUGAACUUUUCAUUUUGCUACAAAAUAUUUUGUUAAAAAUUAUAAGUUAAUUAUUGGAGGAAUACAUAAUUUUGAAUGCACCUAAAAUAUUUAUCUGUCGUAUACAGACUUUACCAAUUAUUACAUAAGUAAUGAAAUUUUUGUUCUAGAACAAACACCAAACAUAAAGAAAUUUUAGCGAAUGGACAUUCAAAUAGUUGAAAAAUUAUACAUUGAAGGAACCUGUUAAGAUGAGAACCUUCGAUAGUGUAUAUGAAUGCCUUGGAUUCAAAUUCUAAACAAACAUCUAGACAAAAGGCAUGAGUUGAGGGUUAGUCCUAACUUAAAAUGUUAGCAAUUGAUAUAUAUUGUAAGAUAAUAAUAAUAUUGAUAGAAAAAUUGUCAUAAGUUGCUAUACAAAGACUUCAUGAACAUCAACAAUAAAAAUGAGUGAGGUUUAGAGAAUUGAAUCAUAAUAAGGGAUACGAUGUGUGUCAAAUUUCAAUUGGGAUAAACAUAAUUUAUCCAAUAAUCAAGUAUCUUUAUCCAAUAAUUUGAACUCUGAUUAAUUGGCUGAGAGUUCGUACAAACUCGAGAAUCAUGAAUUGAUAUAUGUUGUAUAAGUUAAUAAAUUUGAGUUCUUGGUGGAAAUUAUUUUAUAUACGAUCCUAAAUGGGACGUGAUAAACCUUUACGACAUGAUUUAUGAUCAGAGAAUAACAACAUCACAAGCGAGUUGUCUAACUAUUAAAUAUUAAGAAUUUUCGAUAUAGGCAUACUACAUAUUCAAUUAUCAAGCGAGAGCAGAACAUGUAUACAAGAUCCAAAAAGUUCAAACAUGUAGAGGGACGGGAGGUUUAGGCUCAAAUCAGCUUAUAAGCUUGCUGCUGAUCAGCUGGAGACAACUGAGGAGGGUUUUUGGAAGAAGCUCUGGAGUUGGAAGGGGCCAAGUCGCACAAAACACUUCCUUUGGUUGGUGAUGCAUGACAAACUUCUCACAAACAAGGAACGCGUGAAAAGGAAGCUCACCCUGAAUGGCAACUGUAACCAUUGUAAGGACACUGAAGAAACCACAGAACAUAUCAUCAGACUCUGCAGGAAGACUGAAGGGGUUUGGGAAAAGUUCAGAACCAGGGUUACUUGCAAGGAUAGAAACCUACCUUUCAAGGAGUGGAUGUCCAAGAACCUUGAGGAUGCAAACCAAGGUACUGAAUUUGGCCUGAUUGUGUGGCACCUUUGGAAACAGAGGAACGAGGAAUGUAUGGAAGGCACUGUGUAUGUGGAGAAAUCACUUAUUUGCAGGAUUGAGGCUUGGUUCAAUAUUUAUAAGAAGGCCCUGCAAAACGUGGACAGAAGCUUCAUGCCCGAAAGAACGAGAAGUGAAGUCCAGGUUGGAUGGAUCCCUCCACCUGAGGGAUGGGUACAGGUCCAGACUGAUGGUUCUGUCCUCUCUCCCUCAGGUUUUGCUGCUGCAGGUGGCCUUAUUCGUGACUGCUUGGGACGCUGCUGUGCAGCUUUUGCUUGCAACUUGGGAAACUGCUCAAUCACUGCAGCAGAACUCAAAGGAGCAGCUGUUGGGCUUGAGAUCGCAUGGGAGAAGGGCUUCCGCCAUGUUGAACUCAAGCUGGACUCUACUACUGCUAUCACCAUUAUGAAAAACCGGUCGGAUGAUGAUCACAGGCAUGGACUGCUGGCCCAACACAUCAGCAACCUCCUGAAUCGUGAAUGGAUUGUGUCUGUUUCUCAUGUGUAUAGAGAAGGAAAUCAUGCUGCUGAUUUUCUUGCUAGUUUUGGUCACAAUCUUACUUUUGGAACACAUCAUGUUGAUGUGGACAGCCAUGAGCUCUGUAAAUGGCUUGACUAUGAUGUUAUGGGUGUUUCACAACCCAGGUUCAUUAAUAUAUGAGUUCUAGACGCUUUAGCGUCUGUCUUUUACCAAAAAAAAAAAUAAUAAGAUGAACUUCUCCGGCCAACUGGCCGGAUAAAAAACUAGUAUAAGAUAUGACAACAUACACCUAAAUCUUCAUCCACCAAAAAGAGAAGUAUAUUAAUUAAUUGUCGAAGAAACUUGGGUCGUCGAUGCUACUUCAAUUCAGUACCUUGUUGCUGGAACAGUCCGCCGGUCGGCCUCCUGCUAUCUCUUUAUUUCUCCGGCUGCAUUGAUCAUGUAUAUCUGUUUCCUUUCUCCUUUCUUAUAAUAUAUAAUAACUACCUCUCUCAAUCACUCUCCUAUGACUUCCCAGAAAUAAUGUACAUGUGGAGUAGGGAAAUGCUAGGUGUGUCAAAUGCCAGUGGAGUAGGGAGCCCAAUUGCCCCGUGGACUGCCGUUACCGGCCUCACUUUCCAGCUGGUUAGCAAGUUUUCCGGAACAUAAUACGGCGGCAAUUUUGUGGAGACCAUGUACAGCAAACUCACUUUGGCCGGGCAGCAGGCGGGACUUGCCUUCCAUGCCUUGGCGUAGCUCAGGCUAGGCUCAGGAACCCUGUGAUGGGUUUCCUUGCAGACGUGACUUUGCUCCAAGAGCAAAACAAACGGCUCCAGGAGCAGAUGGAUUUCCUUGAGGUACAGCUGCUGCUGCCUCCAAACAAUUAGUAUAUCAUAAUCGAUAUAGAAUUAGAAAUGGUGGCCAAAAUGGUAUCGUUCAUGAUAUAUAUAUAUAUAUAUAUGCCUUCUUUUCAGCUCCUGCUUGUGUGAAGUUUCAUUGCGAAAUGAUAUUGGUGGAGUUGCAUGCGCUCUAAACAAUUAAUUUGACUAUUUCUACGUACAUCAACUAUAUGUCCAAGUUUCUCAUUUGUGCAUGUCUCUUUGAAGUCUAGCUAGCUAGCUAUAUAUCCUGUGUAAUAUGAAACAUCAUUCACUUUAGUGCACGAGUAAUAAAACAUCAUUCGCCACUUCUCUUUACUCAUUUUUAUAUUCUCUGCACCUUAUCAAUUCCACCCAAUGUUAUAGUAAAAAAUUGUUCUUUAAGACGAGGCAUAAAUCGCUCGUUUGCAGUUUGCACUAAGUCAUUCGCUCAAAUGUAAAUAUUUGCGAAUGUACGUAUUGUUUGUUUAUCGUUUUUAGACGAGUUAUUCAUAAAUGGAUCAUUUGUAUAAUGUUACUAUUUUGCCUUUACAUUUAUUAUUUCAUUAUCUUGUUUCCUGCCAUCAUCAUAAAACAAAACACGUAACCAAAUCAUUUUACAACCAACAAAACAUAUGGUUACGAGUAAUGUAUAAUACUUUCUAACUUCAAAUAACAUUUUUAUGUUAAACUUUUUUGUAAAGGAUAACGACUCCAGAAGUCUCACAUGGAGGUUAAUUAGACGAUAAGAUGGAUGACCAUCUAGAGUCACAAGAAAAUGAUGGAGACGAUAAGAUGGAUGACCAUCCUUACCGCUUGUAAAAUUAUUUAAAGUUAGAGUCACAAGAAAAUGAUGGAGACGAUAAGAUGGAGACGAUAAGAUGGACACGAGAAGCUAGAGUCACAAGAAAAUGAUGGAGAUGAUAAGAUGGAUGACCAUCCUUUCUCUCAAAUUAGACGUACCCUUUAGUUUUCGGAGCUCUCACUGAACCUCCAUAGGAGUAAGAGUAAUUAACGUAGCUUGUUCCCAAAAAAACCAUCUAAAACAUCAAACACCCUCGUUCGAACAUUAUUAGGAGAUGUGCGAACCGUGUUGAUUUUCGUUGUUCAAGAAAAUAAUGGAGACGAUAAGGUGGAUGACCAUCCAGAGUCACAAGAAAAUGAUGGAGACGAUAAGAUGGAUGACCAUCCUUACCGCUUGUAAAAUUAUUUGAAGUUAGAGUCACAAGAAAAUGAUGGAGACGAUAAGAUGGAUGACCUUCCUUUCUCUCAAAUUAGACGUACCCUUUAGUUUUCGGAGCUCUCACUGAACCUCCAUAGGAGUAAGAGUAAUUAACGUAGCUUGUUCCCAAAAAAAACAUCUAAAACAUCAAACACCCUCAUUCGAACAUUAUUCGGAGAGGUGCGAGCCGUGUUGACCAUCCUUUCUCUCGAAUUAGACCUACCCUUUAGUUUUCGGAGCUCUCACUGAAACUCCAUAGGAGUAAGAGUAAUUAAUGUAGCUUGUUCCCCAAAAAACCAUCUAAAACAUAUGAUUACGAGUAAUGUAUAAUACUUUCUAACUUCAAAUCACAUUUUUAUGUUAAACUUCUUUGUAAAGGAUAACGACUCCAGAAGUCUCACAUUCGGGAUUACGUCUAAUUCUUGAAGGCGGCAACUCCAAGGACACGAGAAGCUAGAGUCACAAGAAAAUGAUGGAGACGAUAAGAUGGAUGACCAUCCUUACCGCUUGUAAAAUUAUUUGGAAAGAAGGGGAAAAAAUUGAGUGUUAGGCGAAAGAAUGAUAGAUGAACUAAUUGAUAGAUAGGCAAAGAUAAAGUGCGUUUAUGAAAAAUUGGCAAGGAUAUAAUUAGAAAUAUUAAUCUAAAAUAAUGAUUCAUUUGGAACUUUCUUAUGAACCAAAUGACUCAUGCAUUUGGUUGUCAGCAAACAAUUCAAUAGUCAUUUGGGACAGCACCGUUGUCUAGGACGAGACUGGUGGAAGGAGAAGGGGCGUGAGAGACCGAGCUCAAAAUCCAAAGCGACCAUGGAUUGACUAGUCAGGGGAUAGUUGAGUACUCAACCUCGAUUGUGAUCUCAAAAUCCACAAGCAGGGACAUCAACUAAGUAUUGGAUUGUUAACGAUCAAGUUAACGGAGACAAAUUUUUGGGACAUAUGACCCAUUGAAAACAUAGGGAUACAAGUGACACAAACUUUAAACCAUGGGCCCUUAUUUGGUAUUAAACCUUUAUCUUUGUCAUUUUUUAAUGAUAGUGAUAUUGAGGUGGAAAAUUUAAAAGAUUAAAUUUAAAUUUUUAUUAUUUUUAAUUAUCGUGUCACACAUUUAAAGGUCAACUACGAGAGUUGACUGCUACAUAAGAUAAAGGACCAAAAAAACGACGAAGAGUAACCAUUGAUAAAACUGAGUAUAAAGUUAGAGACUGCGAAUGAAACAAAAUAUUGUUA